UGUUCUCAUUUGAACUCAUCAGAUCAGAUCACAGACAAAGGUCAACGUCAUCAACGUCACCAGCCAUUGGUCAGUUCACCUGAAGUUGUGUUUUCAUUAGAAUCAGUGGAGCAAUGGAUUUUAUACAGUUGGUGUCUUUCAGGAAUAACUGCCACCUAGUGGUAAUAUUUCGCACUGCUAACAAAGACCCAGAGGAGUUCCGCUCACAUGCAAAACAAUAAUGAUGUAUAAACAAAUAAAUACAAACAAAUGUAAUCAAAAAAUCCUGAACAUGUCCAUGGAAUCACAGCUGCGUGACUUCCUAAACAGAACCUGGUGGAACUGCUUCGAUGACGUCACAGCUACGACAGUGUUGAUGAAAAGUGAUGGCUGGCCGUGGCUACGCAUCUGAUGUCAGGCCAAGCCUGCGCUGUGACACGACCUGUGACGUCACACCUGUAAUGGGUGACUUAACUGUAAAUAGCUGUGAUGACGUCACUCUGUGGUCUCAGCAUUUACAACAAUCACAUGAACACUCAGUAACAUGUGUGUCAUAUGUUCGUGUCCCCUCUCUCAGUCUGUCACAGGAGUCGAUCAGCCAUCAGCCGUGCUCACAGGAGGAGGUGGAGGAGGAGGAGAAAGGGGAGGAGCCUCAGGGAAACCCAGGAAAGGCUUACAAAUAUCGCGUUGCUGCUGUCACGGAUUCACGGGAUGUGAAGGUUCGGGACCGACGGUGGAGUCGGUGGUGACUUUAAACUGUGGACGUAACCUGACAACCUAGCAGCAGGAGCAGCAGGAGGUGAAACGAGGAGCUGAGGAGGUGACGGCUGACGCGGAGGUUGUCGGUUUUCACACGACGCCGUGUUCACUCAGCGGGACCAGGCCUCGGGUUCUGGACCGGAGCUCACAGACCGCUGGCAAAAUGUCAAGGAUGCUCGGAGUAGGAAGAGGAGGAGGAGGAGGAGGAGAGACAGCAGCAGCAGCAUGACUGUCCACACUGAGUCACGGGACACGACUCAGAGUGGGGACUGAGACAAAGACACGGGACUUUAAUCGGACUCCGUGGAACGUUUGGACCUGUCCGUGGAUCCUCGGGUUUCAUCGACGUGACUCUGGGCUUUUCUUCGGUCGGUUUUCACCAGGACUCUGCUGCUGCUGAUGCUGAUGCUGCUGCUGAUGCUGCUGUGAUCGGGUGUGAACCUGUGAAGGGGAGAGCCGCAGCCCUGCUGGGCCACAGAUCGCUCCACGGAGAGGGAAAUCCCCCGCGGCCCCCACCACGCCAUGGAUGACUCGGGGAUUAUACGGCGCCGGAGGCUGCAGAAGGAUUUGCCACUGCCUCGUAAAAGCAGCAGUUGUCGUACGACCAACAGGAAGAGUCUGAUCCUGACGACCACCUCUCCUACGCUGCCUCGUCCACACUCUCCUCUGCCCCUCCCUGGACACCUUGGUACUACACGUUACUGUGAUAGUACACGUUACUGUGAUAGUACACGUUACUGUGAUACACAUGUUGGUGUUGUGUACAGAGCGGAUGGACGGCGGUGGUCUCUGGCGUCUCUGCCCUCCUCUGGGUAUGGAACCAACACCCCCAGCUCCACGGUAACAGGGAUCUACAGCCUCUUCAACCUGAACCUUUGAGGGGUUUUUCACCUCUGCUAACUUGUUCUUUCAACCACCGUCCUCCUGAUCCCCCCCCUCCNGCACCAGCUGCCCUUCCAGCCGACCAUGGACGAGCUCCACUUUCUGUCCAAGCACUUUGGCAGCACGGAGAGCAUCACAGACGACGACGGGGGGCGCUGUUCACCUCACCUGCGGCUCCGCUCCCGCAGUCUCAGCCCAGGACGCUCCUCUUCCUUCUACGAUAAUGAGAUCGUCAUGAUGAACCAUGUUUAUAAAGAACGCUUUCCAAAGGCCACAGCGCAGAUGGAAGGGAGGCUGGCUGACUUCAUCCAGACCUUCUCCCCUGAGAACGUCCUCCCUCUGGCAGACGGAGUCCUGAGCUUCAUCCACCACCAGAUCGUUGAGCUGAGCAGAGACUGUCUGGCCAAGAACCAGGAGGGUCUCAUCACCUCCGUCUACUUCUUUGAGCUGCAGCAGAAUCUGGAAAAACUUCUUCAAGACGCCUUUGAACGUUCAGAGAGCGCCGAGGUCGCCUUCGUCACUGAGCUGGUGAAGAAGCUCCUCAUCAUCAUCUCACGUCCUGCCAGGCUGCUGGAGUGUUUGGAGUUUAACCCAGAGGAGUUUUACCACCUGCUGGAGGCGGCAGAGGACCACGCCAAGGAGGGUCACCUGAUGAAAACUGAUAUUCCUCGCUACAUCAUCAGCCAGCUGGGACUGACCAGAGACCCUAUUGAAGAGAUGGUGACCCUUGACACCUAUGACAGUGAGGGUCCUCUGACGCCUGAGACGGACGACUCCACCGAGCGAAAGAGCCGGGGGGCCAACCAACCAGCAGAGGGAGACUUUCAGACCAUCAAGCUGAUCAGUAACGGAGCCUACGGGGCCGUUUACCUGGUGCGUCACCUGGAGACGCGGCAGCGGUUCGCCAUGAAGAAGAUCAACAAACAGAACCUGAUCCUGAGGAACCAGAUCCAGCAGGCCUUCGUGGAGAGGGACAUCCUGACCUUCGCUGAGAACCCGUUUGUCGUCUCCAUGUUCUGUUCUUUUGAGACCCGACAACACCUCUGCAUGGUCUUGGAGUACGUGGAAGGUGGCGACUGUGCCACGCUGCUGAAGAACAUCGGAGCUCUGCCUGUGGAAAUGGCCCGCAUGUACUUUGCAGAGACAAUACUCGCCCUGGAGUAUUUACACAAUUAUGGCAUCGUGCACCGAGACCUGAAGCCUGACAACUUGUUGAUCACCUCCAUGGGACACAUCAAGCUGACGGACUUUGGUCUGUCCAAGAUGGGGCUGAUGAGUCUGACCACCAACCUGUACGAAGGUCACAUAGAGAAGGACACUCGUGAGUUCCUGGACAAACAGGUGUGUGGGACUCCAGAGUACAUUGCCCCUGAGGUAAUUCUUCGUCAGGGUUACGGGAAGCCCGUGGACUGGUGGGCUAUGGGCAUCAUCCUGUAUGAGUUCCUGGUGGGCUGUGUGCCAUUUUUUGGAGACACUCCAGAGGAACUGUUUGGACAGGUGAUCACAGAUGACAUCGUGUGGCCAGAGGGGGACGAGGCACUUCCUGUUGAAGCCCAGCACAUGAUCUCCUCUCUGCUGCAGAGGAACCCAAUGGUCAGACUGGGCACAGGUGGGACGUUUGAGGUGAAGCAGCACUCCUUCUUCACCGCGGUGGACUGGACCAGUCUGCUGAGACAGAAGGCCGAGUUUAUUCCACACCUGGAGUCGGAGGAAGACACCAGCUACUUUGACACUCGCUCUGAGCGCUACCAUCACGUUCAGUCGUACGAUGAAGACGACACCAACGACGACGAGCCUGUGGAGAUCCAUCGCUUCUCAUCAUGCUCCCCUCGCUUCAGCAAGGUGUACAGCAGCAUGGAGCAUCUGUCCCAGCUGGAGCAGAAAAGCCACGGGGUGACUCUGAGGGAGCACAAAGUCCCCAGAGAGGAACGGAUGGCCAAAAGAGAAAGUCUGGGAAGUGUGACCUUCAGAGAGAAAAGCUGGAGGACUGGAUCUCCUGAGAUGAAGCGCCUGUCCUGCUCCGAGACCUCCUUCACCGAAAGCGACUACAGCCCACCCUCAGGGGCCCGCAGACGCUUCUCUGCCCUCAUGGACAGCCAUCGUCUGGCCUCCCCUCUGGAGGUCAACUCUGAGCUGCUCGUGUCCGGCCGGCAGCCUCCAGUCAAGGCGAGGGGCGCAUCCCUUGAAGGAGCCAUGGGUUCAGGGUCUUCUCAAGGUGAUCUGAGGGCGUUCCUCAAAGACGGCAACGGCCCCGCAGCAGCAGCAGGGGCUUCAACAGUUCUGGGCCUUCCAGAACCACAGGGACAACGUGGAACCACCACUGACCUGGUGCUGCGCAGGGUUCGUCAUCACCAGCUCUCAGCUGAAGGAGACAAACAGAAAUCUCGGCCAGGAACCAAAGUGAUCAAAUCAGCGUCCGCUACGGCGUUGUCCGUCAUCAUCCCCGCAGUGGAACAACAUGGCGCUUCGCCCCUGGCCAGCCCCAUGUCUCCUCGUUCCCUCUCCUCCAACCCCUCCUCCCGUGACUCCUCCCCGAGCAGAGACUAUUCUCCGAUGGUCAACGUCUUACAUUCUCCAAUCACCAUCCAUCGCUCUGGGAAAAAGUACGGCUUCACGCUGCGAGCCAUCAGAGUCUACAUGGGAGACAGUGACGUGUACAGCGUUCAUCACAUGGUCUGGCUGGUGGAGGACGGGGGUCCGGCCCAGGAGUCCGGACUCCGGGCUGGUGACCUGAUCACUCAUGUUAAUGGAGAGUCAGUCCACGGUCUGGUCCACACAGAGGUGGUGGAGCUCAUCCUGAAGAGUGGAAAUAAAGUGACCGUUACGACCACGCCUUUCGAGAACACCUCCAUAAAAGUGGGUCCUGCCCGCAGGUCUAGCUACAAGUCCAAGAUGGCUCGACGGAGCAAGAGGACAGGAGUCAAGGAGGGACAGGAGAAGAAGCGCAGCUCCCUCUUCAGGAAAAUCACCAAACAGUCCAACCUCCUCCACACCAGCCGCAGUCUCUCCUCCCUCAACCGUUCUCUGUCGUCUGGAGACAGUCUCCCGGGCUCCCCGACCCACGGCCUCACCGCCCGCUCGCCCACCCAGAGUUACCGCUCUACCAUUGACUCCCCGUACCUCGGGACUUCCUCCCAGAGCAGCUCCCCCGCCUCCAGCACCCCCAACUCCCCAGCGACCACUCACCACAUGAGGCCCAGCUCCCUGCACGGCCUGUCCCCUAAACUGCACCGUCAGUACCGAUCGGCACGCUGCAAAUCUGCCGGCAACAUCCCCCUGUCUCCCCUGGCUCACACACCCUCCCCUACGACCUCCUCGCCCCCCCCCCUCACUGGUCACACAGUGGGGAGCUCCAACACCACACAGAUCUUCCCCGCCAAGCUGCACUCCUCGCCUCCUGUAGCUCGCCCUCGUCCCAAGAGUGCAGAACCUCCCAGGUCCCCUUUACUUCAGCGGGUGCAGUCAGCUGAGAAGCUGGGAGCCCCCGUUCUGCCCUCCUCCUCUUCCUCCUCGUCCUCGCCCUCUCCUCUGACCGGUGGGGUGUCGUUACGUAAACAUAGCCUGGAGGUGACGCACGGGGAGUACAGGAGGGAGUCUUUCCACUGUGAGCACAGCCUGCAGAGUCUGCUGGAGAUAGAGGGGGAGAACGGACCUGCUCCCCCCUCUCCUUCAUCCUCGUCCUCCCCUUCACCUCCCAUGGGAGGAGAAAUCGGAGGCCUGAAGUCCGUUCGGAGAAUGGGGAGACAAGAGUCUCCGCUCAGCCGCGACACGUUGAUCACGACAAAAGAAGAAGAUUCUCAGACAACGACGACCACCGGGUCACAGACGGAGGGUCCGGCCACGAAGGCCCAGUCCAAGAGAGGUGUAACUGAAACAGGUCAAAGGUCGCCCAGUGCUGAUGCUCUGAAGAGUAAAGUGUGUGGAACUGCAGGAGAGACCACGUCCAGUCCAGCACCUGUGCCCAGCUCUGAGGUCAAGGGUCAAAAUGCCUCUGUAACCACUGGGGCAAAGGUCGCCCAACGUGACGCUGCCGAGAAACUUCUAACGUCAAAGGUCGUCCAACAACAGGAGAAAAAGCUGCAGGUCACGCGGGCGGGGGGCGCGGCCGCAGCUCCACCUCAGGAGAAGACGCCUGCAGGGACGGACAAGAAGGACCUGCAGAAAUCCAGGCCUCCGGAGGCCACCCACCCUCCGAGGGCCACAGAAGGGGGAGAAAAUGGAGGUGUCAGGAGCAGCGAUAAAACACCUGAGGUGACCAAGGUCAAAGGUCACACUCCUCCAGCUCCACUGCAGGUUCAGACCACUGCAGCAUCUCCGGCCUCAGGUGCUGCCAGGUCCAAGACUGACAGGGUUUUAGGUGGUCACCGUGGGACCAAGGAGGGGAGGGCACAUUUGGAGACCCUGGAGGAGAAUCCCAUGUCCCCCUCCUCCACCGCAGCCCCCCCCUGCUCAAACAAAUCUCGACCCAUGUCCCCCGGGGACAAGGCCAGCUUUGUUACCCAGCUCACCAGUGUGGCCAAAACAGUUCUUGGGCCAAUGAAAGGGGCGACACAAGAGGGCGCCAAAGUCAAAGACACGUCCAAGACAGGCGAGGAAAAACGUGGGAACGCAGCAGGAAAAGCUGAGGUGUCCUCCAGCACCGGACGGCGUGGAGCUCAGGCAGGAAGUUCUGCCGGCGCUGGGACGCUGGGGUCGGACAAAGGAACCAGUCGAAGUUCUAAACAUCAUUCAUGAUGACAAAAAAAUAGAGGAUCCCACAGAAUGCCUUUUAUGCAGCGUCUUCACUGACAUAUCAAAGACAUAAAAACCUUGAUGAGCAAAGAAAAUAUGUGCACGUGGUGUCGUCGCGCAGGCCUGUGCACGUGGUGUACGUCGAUCUCACUGUGUCGUGUAAAUAGUUCUGAAAAAGCAAAUAUCGUGAUGCAUGUCUAACUUUGUGUGGAAAGUAAAAGUGGAUUCAAAUGAAAAAAAAAGAAAGAAAGUCGACUGAAUGGUAGUGAACACUGUGAACCUUUCAACCCAGCAGGAAACUGUUGAUUAGAAACCGAUGACCUUUGAUUGACCUUUGAUUCCCUGGUGUUCCGUUGGUUCUGUCUGUGCAGUGGUAUCAGAGGAGUUUAAGGGAACCAUGAGAAGACCUUGCACAGGGACACCAGGGUUUGACCAGUGUCUUCUGGUGUCCCCAUUUCCAAAGUUUACAUUAACAAGGACAGAAAACAUGGGAGUGGGAGGGUGGAGAGGGGGGAGUCGAUGAUGGAGUACGCCAAGAACGCUCCUUUUGUUCCAAGUCUCCUUCAGUCGUGGUGAAAUGUGCAACUAUACUGUUAUUGUGUAUAAAGUGUGUGUGUGUGUGUGUGUGUGCAGACUUGAAUCUGAAUAUGUGUGAACAACAACCAUGGAGCUAGCUCUUGCUGUGUCCUUAUGUGCAGCUGUGUGUGACGUCAUCUUUCAUUUAAAGCCGUUUUUUUACACUAAAUAUUUAAUGAUAUGCAAUCCAUCCUGACCCUGACUCUGGUCCGUGGUCCGUGUUCUGAUGUUUCUGUUGUUGUUGGUCAGAAAAUCAUUUGAAAAAGAUUUGGGUCACCAAGCUCCCGGUGGCUGUGUUAUGCUGCCACCCUGUGGUCACACAACGUAAAAGCCUGUGUGCUGAUCUUUGCUUUCGUAGAUUGAUGACAAAGAUUUAUUUUAUUUUAAAUGAAACCAAAUGUGACGUUAUGUUAAUAUAAAUAAAUGUUAAUUAAUUCAUCUUAGUUAAUUCAGUGUCACUACACUUUAGUUAGUGGCAUGUGAUGUUUACUUUUCAUACAUAUUUAUUUUCCCAAAUUUGUAGAUCGUUUAUUUAUUCAAAAAUGAAUUGAUUAUGAAGUUGUUUUUUUAACAUUCCAGUCACUAAAGUGUUUCUGUUUUAAACGGUUAAAUGAAUCUGCGGAGAAGACUGUUAAAUUUGACCGACUGCCCCCUGGUGGUGUCCUGACUCUGUCUUGCUGUUGUCAUGUCCAUCGUUUGUCCAGUGUGAGACUUUUUUUUUUUUUUACAAUAACUAUCUCUGACUGUUGGUCUUUUCGUUGGGUAAUGAUUUUACGACACUGUUGUGACGAAAAAAAAACUGAUGCAAAAACUGUCAACAGAUAAAACAGAAUAAAGUAGAACGGUUCUGGUCAUGGUCUGUGGUCCUGCCUGUGUGAUCCGGGGGUUUCUCAACCUUAUAGUUCAAACCAUACACAGUGACGUAAAGACAGAAGAGACUGACGUCACUGUUUUCCUACUGACGACCGGAACGUGUUU